GCCUAAGCUGUUCCGGUUUCUCGGCAUUCCCUGUGGCAAGCCUCGUCAACGGCUCCUGUGGCUCCCGCCUCCCUCCGCCUGCACCGUGAGCGCCUCGCUUCUUCUCGCAGGUCGCGCCUUAAUCUGCGACUGAAGAGCAAGGGGGAAUAGGAGAGACCUGCGUGCUGUGGAAUUUGGAGCGGGCAAGCCGUCUCAGCUCUUUCCUCCGAGGGAGAGAGUGGCUCCCGAAGACCCUCCCGGAGGAAAGGGAGAAGCUGGCUGGCUUGGCUGCCUUUGUGGAAACCAGCCUCUCUCUUCGCUUUCCUCUUGGUACAAGCCCACUGUCAAGAGGAGAGUAACUUCGUUCAGCCUUGCCUGCGCAAGUUACCGACGAGCUACUCCGCUAUGAAAGUUGAGCUACUCGCUAUCUAACGGACAAAGCCGUCUUUGCCUUCUGCCCCCUAUUUUUUGCCCUGGGAGAGAUACUGGCCUUUCUUGAUAAAUGCAAGCGUAGUAAUAAUGAAGAAUGACAGGUGAUUGGAGUUUAGUUUGUUUGUCGACUUUCUCCUCCACUUCCACCCUUCCUCCCGAAUUUUCUGUGAUUUUUCGGGGGAGGAUCAUGGCGACGCCUCCAAAGAACUGAGUCCCGAAAGACUGAGGAGCAUCGUAACCGGGGUCCCUCCAAAAUAAUGGCUGAUCGAGAUGGAGAAGUGAGAUGGGAUGGGCUGUGCAGCAGAGAUGCUGGCGCAAGAGACAGCGCCUUGGAAAACAUCAGGCAAGCGGCCCUAAAGAAAAGCGAGGCGAUGGCUCUGAUCAAAGAAAACGCUUCUUCCCCGGCCGCGGAAGGGCUGCUGCCGGCUACGGAUAGCGCUCGGGGCGGGCUGAACAAGAUGCUGGUCCGCCUGCUUAUGCUCUCCAAGAGGUGUCCUUUCAGAGACGUGAGAGAGAAAAGCGAGGCCAUUCUGAGGAGCGUUCAGGAACUUGGAAUUAGGAUCCCUAGACCACUGGGACAAGGACCAAGCAGAUUCAUCCCAGAAAUGGAGAUUCUCCGAGUGAGUGCUGAAGAUACCCAAAUGCAUGCUUUAUUUGCCGAGUCUUUCUCAGCGUUAGGACACUUGGACAACGUUACCUUAGUGAUGGUUUUCCACCCACAGUAUUUGGAAAGCUUUUUAAAAACACAGCAUUAUCUGUUGCAAAUGGAUGGACCCCUGCCUCUUGACUAUCGCCACUAUAUAGGUAUCAUGGCUGCAGCUAGACAUCAGUGCUCUUACUUGGUUAACCUCCAUGUCAAUUACUUUCUACAUGUUGGGGGAGAUCCUAAGUGGCUGAGUGGUCUACAGAAUGCACCCCAAAAACUGCAGAAUUUAGGUGAACUGAAUAAAAUGUUGGCACACAGACCAUGGCUCAUUACAAAAGAACAUAUAGAACAACUUCUAAAGACUGAAGAAUAUAGCUGGUCACUGGCAGAACUGAUCCAUGCUGUAGUUCUCCUUACACACUAUCAUUCACUUGCCUCUUUCACAUUUGGCUGUGGAAUCAAUCCAGAAAUUCAUUGUGAUGGGGGUCACACGUUCAGCCCUCCUUCUGCCAGUGAUUAUUGUAUUUGUGAUAUUACAAAUGGAAACCAUGGUGUGUAUGAGAUGCAGGGCCUAGCUGCAAAUAUUGUAGUAAGUAUUUCAUAUCUUGUACAAGUUAAAUUUAUGAGUGUUUCCUUGAGCAGCUCCACAGACAGUACAGUAUAUUCACAAUUGUAAACAUAUGCUGUC